AUGAAACAAUUGGACGUUUUUCGCAAUUUCCAAGUAAGGAACCAAUUUCUCCUGAGUAUUGAUACGGGCCUUUGGUAUGCCCGUGUAGUUUUUGUAAGAGAUGCUUUAAGGGAAGCUCGUUUGCGUGUUCAAAAUAGCAGAAAAAAUUAUAAGCAAGAAAAAGAAAAUAGGGAUUCGGAUACUAUAGUUUACACUGUCGACAUGCAAAAAGUAAUUAUGUUGCCUAGAAUGUCCGACGUAAAAGAUUCAUUCUUUUUAUACAGACUUAUUCUAUUCAACGAAAGUUUUGUUUUUCUAAAACCCAAAGAUAAACACUUAAUGGUAAUCUGGUACGAGGCUAUAGCUGCUAGAAAUGUGGAAGACGUUUCAUGUGCUUUUUUGACUUUCAUGAAAAAACACAGAGAUGUUAAAAACAAUUCUGUGGCUUAA